GUAUGCAGACUGUUUCUUUCCAGAGUCAAAACAAGCUGUAAAUAAGAAUAACUUGUCAGACUUAUCGAACUGUCUGGUCUUGUAGAGCAAAAAUCCUGCGAGGAUCGGAGCCUGUACUGUAAUGACAGGAAAGAUUAGGCUGUUUUCGAAUAAAUCCAUGGGAUGUGGAAACACACGAACAGCGGCUGCGGCUGCUCACAUAGUACCACAGGUUUCUUCCAUUGAGGAGACGAAAGACGAACCCAGCCCUUCACCUACUGGACAACACCGGUCUAGUGUGGCCCGUGACGUCUGGGGGGAUAGUCCUUCCCAAAGGAAUAAUAAAUCAGUUAAUGAUGGCUGGAGCGAUGAUCGUGGUAAGAACAGUAGCAUCGAAGUGGCAAAGUUGGCGCUGACUCAAGAAAAACUUAGUUGUAAAAAUUUACCAGCUUCUUACAAACAGAGUAUAUGGGCAGGAAUGACAGAAGUUCAGCUUGUUGCUCCUUCGAAUGAUUAA